AUGAAGCUCAACAUUGCCUACCCCGCCAAUGGGUCGCAGAAAUUGAUCGAGAUUGAAGAUGAGCGCAAGCUCAGACCCUUCAUGGAGAAGCGGAUGGGAACAGAAAUCCCCGGCGAUUCCCUCGGUGAUGAAUUCAAGGGUUAUUUGUUCAAGAUCACUGGUGGAAACGACAAGCAAGGUUUCCCCAUGAAGCAGGGUGGGACGCGAAGCUCAUUGUUGAACCCUAGUCCUUUUGCCCAACCCUGCUACCGACCCCGCCGAACCGGUGAGCGUAAGCGAAAGAGUGUGCGCGGAGCCAUCACCGGAUACGACCUUGCUGUCAUGGCCCUUACCGUCGUCAAGCAGGGUGAAGGUGACAUUCCUGGACUCACAGAUGUCGUCAACCCCAAGAGACUUGGUCCCAAGCGUGCUUCCAAUAUCCGCAAAUUCUUCGGUUUAGAUAAGAAGGACGACGUCCGAAAAUUCGUUAUCCGUCGUACCGUUACUCCCAGCGGUGAAGGAAAGAAGGAAUACACCAAGGCCCCCAAGAUCCAGCGUCUCGUCACUCCCCAACGUCUUCAGCGCAAGCGUCACAGAAUUGCCCUCAAGCGCCGUCGGGCUGAAUCCGCCAAGGAGCAAGCCAAUGAAUACGCCAAGCUUUUGGCCGCCCGUGUCCACGAGGAGAAGGCCAAGCGUGAUGAACUUCGCAAGCGCCGAGCAUCUUCCAUGAGAAAGUAA